CCGGAAGUAAAGAGAAAUAAACAAACUGGAGACCUCGUGGGAGCUGAUUGAAACAGCAUUCUAGAUACCAAAGGCAAAGAGUAAUUGCAGUUUGUUUCAAUUUUGAACUUCUAAUAUGGCUAAUAAUUCCUAUUUUGGACAACAAGUGCCCCAGCAGUCAAAUCAAAACUAUACAUAUCAGCCUUGGGGUAGUGGCACUUCGUCUCAACAACCGAAUCAAAAUUUUGCUAGAAGCAGUAACCAACAACAGUUUCAGCAGUAUGGAAAUAAUUUCCAAAGAGGAAAUAGUAAUGAUGGAAACUGGUAUUCAGGCAAUAACUAUGGACCAAAUCAACCACAGAAUAUGAAUCAAAGAGGAAAUUAUUAUCAAAACAGACCACCCAUUUCAAAUAAUAAUUUAAAUCCAUCUAUUGGUCCAAAUUUUGAUAAUGCACCGCCUUCUUCCAAUUACAAUUAUGGACAGCAGAAUUGGACAGAUUCUGAUUAUGGAAAUGAUUAUAAUUUUUACAGUGGCGGAAGUAAUACUUAUGGAAGUAGUGAAAGUUAUACAUCUCAAAAUCCAAAUUAUCCUGGUAAUAAAAGGGGGACUUUCAAUGAGAGACCAAAUCCAACUAUGUUUGGAAACAACAAUCAGACUCCAUAUAUGAGAAAUAACACAAAUUCAAUUGGCAGUGGUAAACCAAAUCCAUUUAGUAACAAUAAUCCAAAUCAAUUUGGAAACAAUAAUAUAAAUCAAUUUAAUAACAAAAAUAGCAAUCAACAGAAUCCGUUCGGAAAAAGUAAUCCUAAUCAGUUAGGAAAUGGAAAUACAACUCAUUUUGAAAAUAAAAAUCCUUCGUUUGGAUCUAAUAGUGGAAACUUUCAUAAAGUGAAUCACAGACAAAUACAUAGGAAGCAACAAAGACAGAAAAAGAAAAUGAAAAAGGCAAAAGAAGUUAUCAAGGGAGAUAAUCCAGAAGACAACAAAUAUUACUGUGACACAUGUGACCGGGGAUUUAGUCAGGAAUAUCAUUACACUGAACAUUGUGGCUAUCAUAAAAAGUGUUCCUUUACUGGAUGUUCCUUUGUAGCUGCUCCAAAACUUGUCAACCUUCAUGUUCAGAUGCAACAUAAAAGUGGACUAGCUAAGAAGAUUUGGAGUGUUGAAUCACAGGAUGAUAUAGAGAAAUGGAUAGAAGAUCGCAGGCAGAAAUUUCCAACAACUGUAAAUAUAGAAAAGAAGAAGGCUAUUUUAGAGGAGAAGAAAUCAAGAGGAGAGGUUCUACAGACAAAAUAUUUUGGGAAAAUGAAAGGGAAGAAUUUUGAUAGACAACAAAAUGAACAUGGAGAUGAUGCCUGUAAUGGAGACAAGAAUGUAAGAGGUAGAAGAAACAGAAGGAGAAAGAAACCUAUGAUAGAGAUGGGAGAUGCUAAAGUACCAAAACUGAAUCAGUCUGAAGGUCACAUCUCUGACCAGUCAGAAAAAGAGAUGAUAGAUAAACCAUUCAUGACAGAUGAAAUCAAGGCCUUGAUUAAACAAAGAAAUACACUUCAUUAUAGAGCAAAAAGAACGGGAAAAACAGAAGAUUGGAGCCGCUACAGGAUUAUUAGAGCUCAGUGCAGAAGAUUGACCAUAAUUGAGAAAGAAAAACUUGGAAUACCAACUCAAAGGACAAAAAGGAUUAAAGAGAAGUCUGAAGAUGGUUCAGCUGGUAAUGUAGAGACUGUAGAGACUGGUGAUAAAAGAGAAGAAUCAGUGCAUGUUGAAGAAAAGACAACAGAUAGUGAAAACGAAGAUGGAAAAUGUAACAUCUCAAAAGAUGAAGAAGACCUUGAAGAACAGGACAAAGAAAGUUGGGAUUGGAAAAGGGGAAGAAAGAGAGCUCCUCAAAGAAGAAGAUCAGAAAAAGCUAAUAAAUUUGGAUCAGAUGUGAGGCCAUCAUUUAAAAGUACACCGUCAUUGUUGGAAAAGCUCCUUGCCAAUGAUAUCCGACAUGAAAGAAAUGUCAUAUUACAGUGUGUUCAUCAUGUUGUUAAGAAUAAUUUCUUCGGUAUCGGAGACUCAUCAUCAACCAACGAGAUAAAUAAAAGGUCAUCAUGUGACAUGUCAGUUACCAAUAAAAUUAACAGUCAGUCAGAGUGUGAGACAGGACCAUCUGAAAAUAAAGUUAAAAGGAUAGAUGAUAAUUGUGUAUCUACUAGUGUAAAUCCUUUAAUGCAGUCCAGCAAUGACAAUAUAGCAUCCAAUGAAAAAGCAGAACAGCCAAGUGAUGACAAAACAAUAUCCAAUGGAAAUAAGGAUAACCCCAGUAAUAAUACAGUAACCAAUGAAAAUAUAGAACAAUCUAGUGACAACAAUACAUCAUCCAAUGAAAUAGCAGAACAGCUAAGUGAUGACAAAACAAUAUCCAAUGGAAAUAAGGAUGAGACCAGUUUUAAUACAGUAACCAAUGAAAAUAUAGAACAAUCUAGUGACAACAAUACAAUAACAAAUAAAAAUAUAGAACAGUCUAGAGAAGACAAAACAGUAUCCAAUGAAAAUGUAGAUCAUGUUUGUGGAAAAAGUGUAUCCAACCGACAAAAUUUUCCAGGAAAUCAAGGAACAGAAAAGUUAUUACAAAAUGUACAUACAUUUCUCAAACAAAAUAAAUAAGAUUUAUGUUAGUUAGAUUAACAAAAGAACAACUACAGUUGUACAUGAUGUUAAAGAUAUUUCAUUUAAGACAAUACAGAGAAUGAAAUUGUCAUACCAACAUUGAAGCAGCUUUUGUCAUUUUGCAGAUGUUUUAUUUUAUUUUGUGAAAUAUAGUUCUUUGAUUAACAUUUGUUGGAUAAAAUCUGGUCACUGUUAUGAAACCGUAUGUAUUAAUUAAAUCGUUUUGAUGUGUCA